AUGCAACCAUCAUUUCUUUCUGCUCCUGUACGAGAACCCUCACAUCCAGAUACUGCAUUGAAUAUUCAUGCACGUCGAACAGAAGCUAACGAUGCAAAACAAGCAAAAGAUCUUGUACAAACAUAUACAGUUGAUGUAUUUGGUCGUGUCAAUCGAGUCGAAAAUAUUUCCUAUAUAUUGGAACAUUCAAUAUUUGCUUUAACAUUGGAUGAUACGCAACAUACAUUUUAUGCAUUAGCUGCUUUCUAUGAUCAUCCAAACGUUCAUGGUGUGUCAUCGAGUGAUUGGGAAGCAAACUGGUGGAAAAAUUCGUAUGCAACAAAUGAUGAAACAACAAAAAUGAAUGCAAUUAAUACAUUAUUUUUACACUUUUUUGUUGCACAUCCAGAUUUCUCGGAAGAUUGCGCACAAGAAUUAAUAAAUGUUACAUUUAAAGCUUUACCAGAAGUCAAUCAAAUUCUUCUUUGUGUUCCUCCGCAAGUUACACCAGAAAGUGCUUUGGACAAAUACUUUGAACCACUUGAAUGUAAACGGUCGGAUAAUAAUUAUACGGUGCGGAUAUGCCGUCGUAAAGAUCAUUUUCCAACAUUAUUUAUUCGAACAGCUCGAGUACAAGACAAUGAUGAUCUUGCACCAUUAUUUAAUCAAUACAAUGAUAUGCUUAAACAAACUUACGGUGAUUUUUUUGUUGCUGAACUUAUCGAAUCACAAGAUGAAAAUAAUAAAGCGUUGGUUGCUGAAUGUAAUGGUUAUGCAGUUGGUUUCAUGAGUAUUUCCAAUGAAGUAAAUAUCGAUGUACUCAAUGAAAUUUAUGCAUUAUCAGCUUUUCAUGGUUUACGUACAUCGCAUCCUAAUGAUGAAUGGAAUGUUCAAAUGAUCGAAGAAGCUGAAAGUUCUUUACCGAAUACUGAUGCAUAUACACAUGGCGAUGGAACAGCAUACGAUGGCGGGAAUAUUCAUGUUAAACCUAAUCCAGCACUUGAAGCUAUGCAACGAGCUGUAGGAAAUGGAAAGCCGAUUGAAUCAACAGCGAAUGGUGGAGAUAAAAACAAUAAACAUCCAAAACAAACUAUAGGAGCACAGCUUGAACAUGAUAGUUUAGCAGCAUCAGAUUUUACGACAACACCACCGCACAAAUCCAUUGAAGAUCUUACUCAAUCACAGGAUGACGAAAAUAUGAACAAUGAUCAUGUACUGGAAAUAACUGAUACAUCAUCGCAUCGAGCUAAAAUGACCAAAGCACAGUUGGCAGCAGAAAACCCAACGAAAUAUAUCAAACCAAAAUUAGUUAGUGAUGCACCGAAAUUUUUCGGAAGAGAAAAAGCUUUUGCUAUUCAAUUAUUUUGCAUUAGUGAAGUAUAUGAAAAACGUUCGUAUGAUUUUCUACAAAAAGCUUUUGAUAUGUUUCCUGAUCGUGAUUAUUGUGUAAUAACAAUACCACAAAUGGUACCAGAAUUUUCACUGUUACAAUCAUUUAUUCGUAUUCCACCGCGUGUUAAUUUACCAAAUAUUCAAGAAUUAUAUUUAUUUCAUCGUGCUGGCCUAUUACGUGAUAUUUCUAUCGAACGCGCUUCCGAAAAAGAUCUUAAUGCAGUUAAACGACUUACAGAACAUUUUUCUGCACGUGAAAGAAUUUUAAAUGACUUUUUGGAUGCAGUACAAAGUCAAAAACGAAGUGACACAGGUGCAUUUCUCGAUGCGUAUGUCAUCAAUGUUGCCAAUCAAACAAGUGCCCUGAUUAUUUUUAGUAAUGAAGAAAAUAUUGAUUAUCUUCGUUCACAAUAUAAUAUUGAAGAUUUUAUUUAUUUUGAUUUACAUAAACGUAGUGAUCAUAUUCAUCUUUAUCAUUUUGUUAUUAAUCCAAUAUUUGCCUAUAUGACAAAAUUAUUUAUGAAAGAAGUUUUACGAAAAGUUAAUAAAACAUGUGUUUAUUAUCCAAUAUUUCCACGAUAUGCAGAUGAUGAAAUGCUCAAACAUCAUUCACCAACUUAUGCUAUCCAUUAUCUUCUACCAGUACGACCUCGUCGUUUAAUUCAAUAUAAUUUAGAAAAAUUAAAAAUGAAUGCACCAACUGAUUGCGUACUUGGUAGUUUACCAAGUUUAGCGCAUAGUCAAUUUGCAUUGGCAUUUUCAACUAUUAAAAUUAUUAUGGAACCGAAAAUCACAAUAAAUACAAGAAUUGUCAUUGUCGGUGCAUCAACAGUUGGCUUAGCUGUACUCGAGGCUCUUGUAAUGUGUCCUUAUCUUCGUUUCAAUAAUCUUACAUUGAUUUCACCACAUGGGAUACCAGGUGAAUUUCCACCGUCGUUUACUCGAAAUUUAUUUCUACCAUCUAAUCUUGAAUAUGAAACAGAUGAAUUAACACGUCUUUCACUUCGUUCGUAUGUUAAUAUUAUUGGUGCGAAACUAGUUAGCCUUAAUCGUCCAAUGAAAUUGGCUAUACUUGAUGAUGAAACGGUUGUACCCUAUGAUCAUUUACUUUUAUGUACAGGCAAUCAGUUUCAAAUUAUUGCUCCUAUGCAAGCUACUGUGAUAAAUCCAUUAAGUAGAAAACCUGUACCAGCAAAAUCGGAUCGAAUUUUAUUUCAAUCUCCACCACCAAAUGUUUUAACCGUUAAUGAUGAAUUUGAUGCUGCAAUGGUACUAAAAUGGCUUCGAAUGAAUCAUCAUACUGAACAUUCCAUUUUGAUUUAUGGAGCAACCGUUGAAUCUUAUUGUUGUAUUAAUGCACUUCUCGCAAAUGGAAUUCCAUCGAACUCUAUACAACUUAUAUUACCAUCUGAUCAGGCACAGACAAAUGCAUUCAAUGAUCCAACUGUAUUGGAUACUGUUCGUGAAACAUUAAAAAAAUUAAAUAUACAAGUUUAUGAAAAUUAUUCCAUGGAAGAAUGGCAUAAUCGAGGUGCGAUCGAUGUUAAUCAACCUAUUGAUCAUGUUGUAUUUCGAACAAAAGAUAAAAAGCAAAGCAAAAAUCUUAAUUUGAAAUGCACAACUUUAUUCUGUUUUCUAAAUAAACAAGUUAAUUAUGAUGCAUUCAUUGCAAUAAAUCAAAGUUCAUUAGUAUUCGAUGGACGUCUUGUUAUUGAUGAAAACAAUCAUACAAAUGAUCCAUUAAUUCAUGCAGGUGGAUCUCUAACAAAAUUUAAACGAGGCUACCAUCGUGAUGAUUGGACUCACGCUUGCUUCAAUUCAAAAGAAGUCGGAACCAUGCUUGCAAAUCAAUUAUUUGCAAAAUAUGAUCCAAUUUACGUUCCACCAAAAACAGCGUCGAGCAAAAAUCCACUCAUUCCAACAUAUAAAAAACCAAAAAGAAUCUAUGCUGUUUUACCAGGUAAUAUUCAUUACUUCGAAAUUUGUCAAUCGGGUCCUACUGUCAAAUAUGAAAAUGCAAAAUUGAUUGAAACCUAUGGAACUGAUUUUAUAACCAAUCACGAGAAUAACUAUUUUCGUCUUCAUCUUGAUCAAACUGGAAUCAUUCGCACUAUUGUUUGUCUUCAUCAUAAUAAAAUUGAUAUCUAUAAUCUUUCACAAUUAUAUGGAUUACAUGAACGAUUACUUAAUAAUCUUCGACAACGUUAUAAUGAAGGUCUUAUUAGUGACUUUUUUACAUAUUUUCAAGAAAAUUGGGCUGUUGCUGUGUAUCAUGAUCGUUUUGCUGAUGUUCGACUUGAAGUUCGUGAAAUAUUAAAAAAAGCAUUGAUGGAGAAUCAAGAUUCAAUAUUCGAAUCACUUUCUUCUUCGAUCGAUCGUGAUCUGAUAUUUACUGAUGAACACAAGAAACAUAUUCUACAACGAUUUCGUACUGAAGGCUAUAAAAAUGAGAUCGAAAAAACUAUUUUAGAAUAUAUAAAUUAUAAUCAAUAUCAUUUACCAAUGUACGCAAGGCCAACUUGA